AUGUCAUUAGAGCCAAUAAUUAUAGUACAUGGGGGUGCCUGGGCUAUUCCAGAUUCUCUGGCUGAUGGCAGUGUGCGGGGGGUACAAGUAGCUGCCAAGGCUGGGUAUGAUGUCCUGCGGAUUGGAAGGUCAGCUGUGGAUGCAGUAGAAGUAGCCAUCAUGAGUAUGGAAGAUGACCCAGUCUUUGAUGCAGGGGUUGGGUCAGUUUUAAAUGCUGACGGAGAGGUAGAGAUGGAUGCAGUGAUCAUGAAUGGGAGUAACCUAAAGUCUGGAGCCGUGGCAUGUGUCCAGAACAUCAAGAAUCCUAUAUCUCUGGCCAGAGCAGUCAUGGAAAAAACUGACCACACCCUAAUUGUAGGAAAAGGAGCCAAUAGGUUUGCACAGGAAGUUGGUGCUGUAGUUUUGCCAACAGACCAGCUGGUGACAAAAACAGCUCGGAAAGAAUGGGAAGAAUUGAUGAAGUUCCGUACAACAGUCACGACACUUUUUAGUCAAAGGUAUCCACCAACUGACCAUGUCAACCAGGGUCAUGACACUGUUGGAGUUGUGGCACUAGACACACAAGGAAACAUUGCUUUUGGAACAUCUACUGGUGGCAUCACAGCCAAACGUCCUGGUAGGGUUGGAGACAGUCCCAUCAUUGGUGCUGGUGGGUAUGCUGACAAUAUGACGGGAGGAGUGUCUACCACUGGCCAUGGCGAGUCUAUAGCUAAAGUGUGUCUGGCCAGCCAUAUCAACCAUCUAAUGGAGAGAGGAAUGGAUCCACAGACUGCUUCAGAGACAGCCUUGUCUUUCAUGGCAGUGAGAGUUCAGGGGUCAGGAGGUGUGGUUGUACUAAAUAACUGUGGCAAUCCAGGGAAAUAUUUCACAACAGAGAGGAUGGCUUGGGCCUGGAUCAAAGACGAUAUUCUACACUAUGGUCUCAAUCCUGGUGAGGAUUUCAGUGAGAAUGUGCAUUGA